ACAGAUGCAAAUGAGAAAAGGUUGACAGCUACAGUAGCAGAGAGCAUAGGCAAGGAAUUGAGUCUCCUCAGACUGGUAUAUUUAGCUCAAAACAAGGGUGAAGUCUGCUCAGAUUGCAAACUACAGUUUCAACAAAUGACCAGGUUUACCAGCCAAGCACCGUGGAGUAGGCAUUCCAGUAACUGUGUGUUAUGUUUUGCGGUGGUAUCCUUGUUUGAACAGUUGUGCUUCCCACUGCACCACUCCCCUAUUCAAAAUUUGCUGAAGCUCUCAACUUGCUGGAAGCUGCAUCUUUGCCGGACAGCUUAAAAAUACAUUCUGGACAAAGACUUCCUGUUGCGAUAUGGAAACUGUUUCAGAAAGGUUGAGUCUUGACAAGGAGGAAGUCAGACGCACAGAAGGCAUCUGUAAACAUUCUCCCACUGGAGCAAGCUCUUCUCAGUUUCAAUGGCUCUCCAAGUACCGUCCAAAGGCGCCUCAGCCCCUCUGCUCUCCAGGUAAAGGACAAGCCUGCCAGACCCCAGCACACAAGGGCAUUGACAUUGACCUGAUCAGCACAAUGAAGAAAACUAGAAAUUCUGCAACAGACGGACAAAUAAAGGACUCUGAAGAACAGGCCAUUCAUCACAGACACAUCAACGACAGUACAGAGCAUAAUGCCGACAGGCAGGGAAAACUGAAAGUGGAAGCACGGAGUGAUAUGGUGCGAUCUUCACGUCACACGGUUUCAAACAAAGCACAUAUACUUACCAUGCCACAUUUUGGACUGAGAGAUAACAUUAUCAAGUGUGAACUUUUGAAAAGGGAAGAGACCUAUACCUACAUCAGAAACUUCAGGUUUUUUAUUGGUACCUACAAUGUUAAUGGGCAGUGUCCAAAGGACAGUCUAAAGCCAUGGCUGAGCUUUGGCACUGAACCCCCAGAUGUCUACUUUGUGGGCUUCCAGGAGCUGGACCUUAGUAAAGAAGCCUUUUUCUUUAAUGACACCCCCAAAGAGCAGGAGUGGUCCAAAGCUGUGUCUGAAUCUCUUCAUCCGGGUGCCAAGUAUGCCAUGGUCAAGCUUAUCCGCUUGGUUGGAAUCAUGCUGAUAUUUUAUGUGAGGAACGAGCAUGCGGAGUACAUCUCAGAAGUUGAUGCAGAAUCUGUAGGGACUGGAAUCAUGGGAAGAAUGGGUAAUAAAGGUGCUGUGGCUGUAAGGUUUCGUUUCCACAAUUCCACUGUCUGUGUUGUGAACUCUCACUUGGCAGCUCACAUAGAAGAAUUUGAGAGACGAAACCAGGAUUACAAAGAUAUCUGCACACGACUGCUGUUUCGCCAGCAUGAUCCCAUGUUACCUCCCCUUCCAAUCAUGAAACACAAUUUGGUCUUGUGGCUUGGUGACUUAAACUACAGAAUCAGUGAUUUGGAGGUGGAACGGGUUAAACAGCUCAUUCAGGAUAAGGACUUCCAGACACUUCAUCGGUACGAUCAGUUAAGGAGACAAAUAGAGGAGAAGGCAGUAUUCGAAGGCUUUACAGAGGGAGAAAUUACGUUUCAGCCAACGUACAAGUAUGAUACAGGAUCAGACCAGUGGGACACAAGUGAGAAAUGCAGAGCUCCGGCGUGGUGUGAUCGGAUCUUAUGGAAAGGAAAAUUCAUCAAACAGUUGCAUUAUCACUGUCACAUGGCUCUGAAAACCAGUGAUCACAAACCUGUCAGCUGUGAUUUUGAGAUUGGGAUAAAGGUUGUGAACGAAGAGCUGUACCGGAAGACGUUUGAAGAGAUUGUGCGCUCAAUAGAUAAAAUGGAAAAUGAAUGUAUUCCUUCAGUAUCACUUUCUGAACGAGAGUUCUUUUUUAAGGAUGUGAAGUUUAUGCAGCAUCAGGUUAAAACAUUUACCAUUCACAAUGACGGACAGGUUCCGUGUCAGUUUGAAUUCAUACAGAAACUGGAGGAGACCGCCUACUGUAAACCGUGGCUCAGUGCAAAUCCUUGUAAGGGAUUCCUUGCUGAAGGAGGUAAAGUGGACAUUGAGCUGGAAAUGUUUGUAAAUAGAUCCACUGCUACGGCAUUAAACUCGGGAGAAGAAAAACUUGAGGAUAUUUUAAUUCUCCACUUGGAGAGGGGCAAAGAUUAUUUCCUUGCUGUGUCGGGCAACUAUCUCCCCAGUUGCUUUGGAGCCUCAAUACAAACGCUGUGCCACAUGAGGGCACCCAUUCAAGACAUGCCUGAAGAAACAGUACGCCAGCUGACCUUAAUGCCUCUGCAGCCAAAAGAUGGAAACAGUUCUGUAACAGAAAUGCCCCUGGAAAUCCCUAAAGAGAUCUGGAUGAUGGUGGAUCACCUUUACCGCAAUGCAUGCCAACAGGAGGACCUCUUUCAACAGCCAGGACUGAGAGCAGAAUUUGAAGAAAUAAGGGACUGUAUAGACACAGGGAUGCCAGAUUCUCUUCCUGGCAGCAAUCACUCGGUAGCUGAAGCUCUGCUGCUGUUCUUGGAUGCCCUGCCGGAGCCUGUCAUCUGCUAUUCCCUUUACCAGCAGAGUCUGGAUGCAUCGGCUAGUUUUACACUUUGCAAACAGGUUGUCUCCUUGCUACCUCAGUGCCACAAAAACACGUUUAACUAUUUAACGGCAUUCCUUCGAGAGCUUCUGAAAAACUGUCUGCUUAAUCGCUUGGAUGUCGAUAUUCUCAGAAGUGUAUUUGGAGGCCUGUUGUUAAGGCCUCCUCCCUCGAGUUCCAGGCAAGACCCUGCUGAGAAGAGGAAAGCACAGGAAUUCAUACAGCAUUUCCUCCUCAUGGAGGGAGAAUCUUCAUAACAAUUUAAAUUAAUGUACAGCGUCUCUGAAGUAUUAUAUAUACAUACAUAUG